GACAAGGAUGCCUCACCGCCGCAAAAGGUAGAGUCUCUGCGUUUCCGGUCCGUGGCUUUUUCUACCGGCUCAAUGCCCAAACGAGCGGCCUACAUUACCAAAGCCUUGAUGGAUGCCACCACCAAAUCCACAAACGCAUAUGCAGUCUUUUCAACUCCCGCGGCAGCUCGAAAAGUCGUCGCAGAGCUCAACGGAACUGAAAUCCUUGGCCGUCACAUCCGGGUGGACAGUGUUGCACACCCAAGCCCAAUGAAUCAUCGCAACUGCGUCUUUGUUGGAAACCUGGGCUUUGUCGACGACGAAACUGUUUUGAACCAGAAAGCCGACGGCGAGACCGUUGAAAAGAAGCGCAACAAGGUGCCUUCCGAUAUUGAAGAAGGCCUCUGGCGCACUUUUGGUACCCAAGGCAAGGUUGAGAACGUUCGUGUUGUGCGUGACUCCAAGACCAGAGUGGGCAAGGGAUUUGCAUACGUGCAGUUUUAUGACGCCAAUGAUGUAGAGGCAGCUCUUCUUCUCAACGGGAAAAAGUUUCCCCCCAUGCUUCCCCGUUCACUCCGUGUAACGAGGGCAAAGGAUCCGCGCAAGACGGCUCAGGCUGUCGAGCGGGCCAGGUCCAAGGCAGAUGUGGCCGAUGGCACUAGCCGCAGCACAAAGUACAAGCCCAAGGCAACUCCAGAGGAGCAGGCCGCCGCCGGACGAACCCGCAAACUGCUGGGUCGGUCUGCGGCUGCGAAACAGCGACGUCCCGGCAGGAGGUCGUUUGCAUCGGCGGCAAAGGACGGUGAGGCGGCAGAAGGCGGAAUCAAGACUCCGGAGGCCAUCAUUUUCGAGGGCCGCAGAGCAUCGUCCAAGGAUGGGCUUCCCAAGGACCUCAAAAUGGGCAAGAAAAAUAAGAAGAAGGCGGGCAGGCCAAUGAGACCGCAGAACCGCGGCGCUAAACGGGCUGCGGCAUGGAAGAAGAAGUGAAGAAAAGGAAAAAUCACUCGAGGCGAGCAAGAAGAGAAAAUCGACAAGGGCAAUGCGGAUUGAGAAAAAGAGGAAAAUAGACAAUCCUGGGAGUGCCGCCCUGCUCCAGGUUAAGCAACGUGGGUGAUGAGCGAAGUGAGUCGAGUUGAUUCCCUGCUUUUGCCUUGCUGGCCCUGGGGCUUGUAAAAGGCAGCACUUUGGUAUAAGGUCCGAAGUAUAAUACGGGCGUGUUUUCUGUGGAAAGGCGGCGAGUUGGCUUACUCAUCACAUGAGAGGGCAGGCGGGCCGUCUUUUUAAAAAGUGUACAUAUCAAAAGUCGGUUUUUUUUUUUUUCACUGCGUUUCCCCUCUCCUUUUGGGAGCCCUCUUUUAAUCACUGCCUGCUGCCU